GUCAUGAGAAGCGCGCUCCCCUUGCUCCUUUUCUCCCUGGUUGCCCUUUGCGGGCGAGGGGACUGCCGCGUGGCCAACGCGGAGGAGAAGCUCAUGGAUGACCUCCUGAACAAAACCCGCUACAACAACCUGAUCCGCCCAGCCACCAGUUCCUCAGAGCUCAUCUCCAUCCAGCUGCAGCUCUCCCUGGCCCAGCUCAUCAGUGUGAAUGAGCGAGAACAGAUCAUGACCACCAACGUCUGGCUGAAACAGGAAUGGACAGACUACCGCCUGGCCUGGAACAGCUCCCGCUAUGAGGGUGUGAACAUCCUGAGGAUUCCCGCAAAGCGCAUCUGGCUGCCUGACAUCGUGCUUUACAACAAUGCCGACGGUACCUACGAGGUGUCUCUCUAUACCAAUGUGGUGGUCCGCUCCAAUGGCAGCAUCAUGUGGCUGCCCCCUGCCAUCUACAAGAGUGCCUGCAAGAUCGAGGUGAAGCACUUCCCCUUUGACCAGCAGAACUGCACCCUCAAGUUCCGUUCUUGGACCUACGACCACACGGAGAUCGACAUGGUCCUCAAGUCGCCCACGGCCAGCAUGGAUGACUUCACCCCCAGUGGUGAAUGGGACAUAGUUGCCCUCCCUGGGCGAAGGACGGUGAACCCGCAGGACCCCAGCUACGUGGACGUGACUUACGACUUCAUCAUCAAGCGCAAGCCGCUCUUCUACACCAUCAACCUCAUCAUCCCCUGCGUGCUCAUCACCUCCCUGGCCAUUCUCGUCUUCUACCUGCCCUCCGACUGUGGCGAGAAGAUGACGCUGUGCAUCUCUGUGCUUCUGGCACUCACCGUCUUCCUGCUGCUCAUCUCCAAGAUCGUGCCGCCCACCUCCCUCGACGUGCCGCUCAUCGGCAAAUACCUCAUGUUCACCAUGGUGCUGGUUACCUUCUCCAUCGUCACCAGCGUCUGUGUGCUCAACGUGCACCACCGCUCACCCAGCACGCACACCAUGGCACCCUGGGUCAAGCGCUGCUUCCUACAUAAGCUGCCCACUUUCCUUUUCAUGAAGCGCCCUGACAGCAGCCCCUCCAGGGCCCCCCAGCCCAGCCAGGCUCACCUGACCAAGUCCAAGGCCACCACCACUGCCUUGGCCAUGGGCCCCGCCAGCUCCUCCAACCUCUACGGGAACUCCAUGUACUUUGUGAACCCUGCCUCUGCAGCUCCCAAGUCUCCAGCCGGCUCUGACUCAGCGGGUAUCCCCAGGGAUUUCCGGCUGAGGUCUUCUGGGAGGUUCAAGCAGGAUGUGCAGGAGGCUUUAGAGGGUGUCAGCUUCAUUGCCCAGCACAUGAAGAGUGAUGAUCAGGACCAGAGUGUCAUUGAGGACUGGAAGUACGUGGCCAUGGUGGUGGACCGGCUGUUCCUGUGGGUGUUCGUGGUUGUGUGUGUGCUCGGCACCGUGGGGCUCUUCCUACCUCCCCUCUUCCAGACCCACACACCUUCUGAAGGGCCCUAG